UUCCGGUCUGGUUGUCCCGUCAGUCUCCAGUUAGCUUCGUUAGCUCUGUUAGCUCACUUUGCUCACACUGUAACUGCCUCAAGUCUUAAAUAUUAAACCAAUACACUACAAUGAUUCCUCACAGAUUCCGGGAGAUGCUAACUGCGAGCUAACGCCGCCGCUAUUUAUCAGUGUAACUAGUGUUAGCUGCUAGGUUAGCUCAUUUAGCGUUAUCUUCAUAUGUUACGUUAGCUAACGGAGCUAACAAGCUAACCGGUUAACAUCUGCGUUUCUCUGUUUGAUGAAAACACAGCGGAGAGAAGACGUUAGCAUGGAUUAACUCAACAGACACAACAACAACAGUGUCUGUAGAGAGGUUGAGUCCAUCGGCUCUCAUCUGGCUGUGACCCUGCCUCUGCAGAGACCUCCACCAGCUGAUCUGAGGUCAGAGUUUCACCUUCACUUUGAGAGCUCCUGGCAGCCGCCAUGCUCACCUAGACCCAGGUGUUAGUUUUUGCAGUGUGAGCAGAAUCAUCCAGAGACAAGAGAUCAUGUCUGACAACCAGGCCAACAACAACGUCCCCCCGAACAACAACAAUAACAACAACAUGGGGCCCAACAGGAUCCGCAACCCCAACAUCAACCAGAACCCCCUCAUCAACGUCCGGGACCGCCUCUUCCACGCCCUCUUCUUCAAGAUGGCCGUCACGUACGCCCGGCUGUUCCCUCCGUCCUUCAGGAGAGUCUUCGAGUUCUUCGUCCUUCUAAAGGCGCUUUUCGUCCUCUUCAUCCUCGCCUACAUCCACAUCGCCUUCUCCCGCUCGCCCAUUAACUGCCUGGAGGCGGUGAGGGAGCGCUGGCCUCGUGACGGCCUCCUGCGGGUGGAGAUCCAGAGGAACUCCUCCCGGGCUCCGGUGCUCCUGCAGUACCACGACUCCUCCGCCGGGCUGCAGGAGGAGCAGGGGGGGGAAGAGCUGAGCCUGGCAGAGCUGCUGGGGGAGGACGAAGAGGAAGAGGAGGAGAUGACGCUGGAGAUGUUCGACAACAGCUCUGUGCAGUUCGAGCUGGACAUGGAGCCUCGCCUGAAGCCCUCUCUUAUUGGAGGAGGUGUUAGAGGAGGAAGAGGAGGAGGAGUGAACAACAGUCAGGACGUCUCCUUCAGUCAGACCACUAAAGGUAUGCAGCCGCUGCAGGAGGUGUCUGAGCUGGAGAUGAUGACCAGAGCAGUGUGGCCUCAGGAGGAGUACAUCGUGGAAUACUCUUUGGAGUACGGCUUCCUGCGUCUGUCGCAGAGCACCAGGCAGAGACUCAACAUCCCCGUGAUGGUGGUCACUCUGGAUCCCAUGAAGGAUGAGUGUUUCGGUGACGGCUUCAGCCGGUUCCUGCUCGACGAGUUUUUGGGCUACGACGACAUUCUGAUGUCCAGUGUGAAGGCGCUCGCUGAGAACGAGGAGAACAAAGGGUUCCUGAGAAACGUGGUGUCUGGAGAACAUUACCGCUUCGUCAGCAUGUGGAUGGCCAGAACUUCUUACCUGGCCGCCUUCGUCAUCAUGGUCAUAUUCACUCUGUCCGUGUCCAUGCUGCUCAGAUAUUCUCACCACCAGAUCUUCGUCUUCAUCGUGGAUCUUCUUCAGAUGCUGGAGAUGAACAUGACCAUCGCCUUCCCAGCAGCCCCUCUGCUCACCGUCAUCCUGGCACUCGUCGGCAUGGAGGCCAUCAUGUCGGAGUUCUUCAACGACACGACGACAGCCUUCUACAUCAUCCUCAUCGUCUGGCUGGCCGACCAGUACGACGCCAUCUGCUGCCACACCAACACCAGCAAGCGCCACUGGCUGAGGUUCUUCUAUCUGUACCAUUUUGCUUUCUACGCUUAUCACUACCGCUUCAACGGGCAGUACAGCAGCCUGGCUCUGGUCACCUCCUGGCUCUUCAUCCAGCACUCCAUGAUCUACUUCUUCCACCACUACGAGCUCCCUGCCAUCCUGCAGCAGAUCCGGAUCCAGGAGAUGUUGCUGCAGAACCAGCAGGCGGGUCAGGCCAACCAGACGGCCCUGCAGGACAACCUGAACAACAACCACGCUGCUGCUGCUGCUGCUGCUGGUGCUGCUGCUGCUGCUGCAGCAGGGCCCGACAACACCGACCCUCCAGGAACACAAACCGACCAGCCGGAGUCCCCACCGGACCCCCUCACCUCCCCCUCCUCGCCCCCUGCAGCAGCUGGUGGAGGGGAGGUUAGGUCCGAACUGAACUGGGUUGCUCAGACGGCCGCCAUUAUCUCUGAAGCUUUGUCUUCUUCUAACCAGCCUGCAGGAGUGGAAGGAGCAGCAGGAGGUGCAGAGGGAGCCUCGGAUGUUGUUUCAGUUGAGAUUAAACCCACAGUGGGAGGAGCCUCAGCCCCGCCGGACCCUCCCCUGCAGCCGGAGGCAGCGGCAUCCCCCUCACAAACUGACUGCACCCCCCCACAGAGUGCCGGUACAGACUGCAGAGCAGCGAGUCCGUCCUGAGAGGAGAGCCCGGUCCUCAGGCUCUCAGGAUCAGGGGCCGUUUUAUUAUUUUAUCAUCUGGUGGAUUAGUUCCCGACACAGGAAGUGGUUUUUAGUUAAUUUCUCCUCUUCAAAUUAAAAGAAGAACAUGUUUUGGUUAAACUUCUGCUAGGAACAUAAAUCUGAGCGUCAUCUGCAUAAAGUGAUUUAUUUUACGUAGGAAGCCGACCAACAACCGAAUGAUGGAUUCAUUAUUAAUCAGUAAUCGAUUAAUAAUUGAUCAGAUAAAUGAAUGAUUAGUUGUUGAUCAGCCCUGAUUCUGACAGACUGAAGCACAACCCUGAUUUCUGUUUCAAUCUGCUUUUAAUUUAAAGAAAAGACUCUUUGAGAGCAGGAAGUGGGACGGAUGCCUUAUCAAUGAUCCUUCAGGGCCAGUCAGCAGCGGAGCCAGCUGAUUGUUUGUGCAAUAUGACGCCGUCAUACCUCAGGCUCUGCCUCCUACCCUCACUGUGAUGCGCUCAGGCACGAGGCUCUCUAAGGAGACACCUGCUGGUGCGUUCAGGUUCCCCUCGUCAGCUUGUAAAUGUCAGUGUUGUCUGUUUGCUACGGUCGUCACGUCACAGCUUAAGGCAAAUACACACAACCCCUGUGGUUCAGUCUUCGGUCCUUGAAUGCACCAUGAGCUGGGGUACCUGAAAGCACCGCAGGCUGUUGUGAAGGAGGCGGAGCCUGCAGUGUGACAUCACAGGAACUGGACAAAGUGAUGGGGGGAGGGGGGGGGGGGGUAUUUUUCUUCUCGUGCCUCUGCUGGAUGACUGUAGCCUCGUUAGCUGAUCUGAAGCCUGAAACUCAUCAAACUGUAUUUAACUGUCCAGUAAAGCAGUGCAGCUGUUUGCACACAGACGUGGGUUGUUGUUAUUUUUGUUGCUGUUAUAAACAUAUUAUUUCUGUCUGUAUUUAAAGCUCAGAUUUAAUGACUGAGGGGAAUGACUUGCUAAGAGUUUAUUUGAGAUUUUUUUGAAACAAAUGUCACCAUAAACCAUCCUUUAAGAAAAAGAAAGAAAUCCUAAUGAGAGUUUUAAUAUUUGAAGUUGAUAUAUUACAAUAAAGUAGUAUUUAAAGGAUUCAAUAUAAAACUUCUUCUCGAGGGUCUUUGUUCUGGAACACAUAUUUUAGACUAAACAUUAAAAUCUUUCUUUUGAACCCUUUCCUAAAAUGAAGUCAUAUCAUAGUUUGUCAAACCAAGUGUUACGAUAAGUGAUAGAAAGGUCAUAGGUUAAGUUUUUAUAUUAAAAAAACUUUGUCAUCGCAAAACUUAAAGUGGCCUAGUUUCUCAUGGUGUAGUACGUCAUGAAAAAGAAAAGGUCAUACUGUAAUGUCUUCAAAACGAUUGUAUAAUCAUUUGGAGAAAAACAAAUAGUGGUGUGUCAUAAAAAGAAAUAGGCAGUAAAAUGUGUAAAAAAUAAAAGUCAUAAAGGCUGAAAUAAUUUGUAUUUAAAAAUAAAUGAAG